AUGGACUUGGACGAGGAAGAAGAUGAGGACGAGGAGGAAGCUCAGCAGGCAGAGGCCGACGCCCUGGCGCAGCUCGACGACUUGGACGAAGAGGAGAAGGCGCUGGAGGAGCAGCUGCAAGCCCUCGCGGGCGAGGAGGAAGAGGAGGAAGAUGCAGAUGAAGAUGCCGAGGUGCCGGCCCAUCCGGACAUAGGCAAGGAGAAGAAGGGCAAGAGUUCCCUCUAUGAGAUGGACAGGCGGCUGAAGUCUCUGGAGGAAGAGGUGCAAAAGCUGGAAGAAGAGCAGUUGCAAGAGAAGAGCUGGGAAAUGAAGGGUGAGGUGUCCGCGCGACAGCGGCCCUUGAACUCGCUCUUGGAGGUGGCGCUGGAUCAGCCGAUGACGCACUUCGCAGCCAAGCGCACGCCAGGAUUUGGCUGGGGAUGCCGAACCGGACGAUGA